AUGUGUUGCAACUAUUAUGGGAACUCCUAUGAGGGCUGUGACUAUGGCUCUGUCUAUGAUUAUAGAUAUGGCUGUGGCUUUGAAUAUGGCUCUGGCUGUGGUUCUGGCUGUAGCUGUGGUUCCAGUUAUGGCUGUGGCUAUGGUAGUAGAUACGGCUGUGGCUAUGGUUGUAGAUAUGGAUAUGGUUCCAUUUCUGACUCUACUGUGGAUAUGAUUCCAUUUGUGACUGUGGCUAUGGCAGUGGAUGUGGCUGUGGAGCCACCGAAACUGGGAAGAGAGGUGUACCAGUUAUCAAUUUACCAGCUUCUUACUGUGCAGAAUUACUGUAGGGGUGGUGGCUCUGGUUGUGUUUAUGGCUCUGGCUGUGACUCUGGCUGUGGAUACGGUUCUGGCUGUGGCUAUGGCUGUGGCUGCUGUGGCUACCAACCACUUUGCUACAGAAGAUGCUAUUCCUCUUACAGCUAG